UCUUUGUAUACCCUUUUUAACCAUGCAUUUAGUAGUCUAGUGUUCUAAAUGUAGAGAUAAAUUUGCCAUUAUAUGGUAAUAAUGCAUGUAUGGGAAAAACAGUCGAAUCGCAUACCCCAACUGUUUCUUCUUUUUUUUUUUUUUUCCUUUCCAUUUUUUUGAGGGGGAAUUGUAUAUCCCCUCUCUCACUAGAUAUUCAGAUUAGUGGUCCGACCCGACGAAUCUUCCCUUUUUUCCUUCACCUGGAUGGCCUCGCCUGAAACGCCGCAUUCCCGGUCAGCGCCCAUGGGAAAAUACGGCGGAGCCAGAACCAGAGCCACCGUCUGUUUCUCCGACGGCCUCGUCUUCCUGGGCGGAGCUCUCAUGGCCCUCCUCCUCGUCUGGUCCUUUUUCUCCUUCUCUCCUUCCCCCAACAUCGGCGUCAAAUCCGACGACGACACGCUAAAAUGCAGUGGAUGCUCUCGCGGCGUUGACCUCCGGUAUGACCCGCCCGACCCGGUUUUCUACGACGACCCGGAUCUCAGCUACUCCAUCGAGAGACCCGUCAAGGGCUGGGACGAGAAACGGAGGCAGUGGCUCGAGCUUCAUCCGUCGUUCAAACCCGGAGCGGCGAACCGGGUCGUGAUGGUGACGGGGUCGCAGUCGACACCCUGCAAGAAUCCGAUCGGAGAUCACCUCUUGCUCCGGUUCUUCAAGAACAAGGUCGAUUACUGUCGGAUCCACGGCUACGACAUCUUCUACAGCAAUUCACUGCUUCACCCGAAGAUGGGUUCGUACUGGGCGAAGCUUCCGGUGGUGAAGGCGGCGAUGCUGGCUCACCCGGAGGCCGAGUGGAUCUGGUGGGUCGACUCGGAUGCGCUCUUCACGGACAUGGACUUCACCAUCCCUUUCGACCGUUACCGUGACCACAACCUCGUCGUCCACGGUUGGACGGACCUCGUCUACAACCAACGGAGCUGGACGGCGUUAAACGCCGGCGUCUUCCUCAUGAGGAACUGUCAGUGGUCGAUGGAGCUGAUCGACACGUGGACGGGGAUGGGGCCCACGAGCCCGGAAUACGAGAAGUGGGGGGAGAUCCAACGGUCAAUAUUCAAGGAUAAGCUGUUCCCGGAGUCAGACGAUCAGACGGCUCUGAUUUACUUGCUGUACAAACACAGGGAGGUGUACUACGAUAAGAUAUACCUCGAAGGAGCGUAUUAUUUCGAAGGGUACUGGUUGGAGAUCGUGUCGGGUUUGGAUAACGUGACGGAGCGGUACCUGGAGAUGGAGCGACAGGACGCCACGUGUCGAAGGAGGCACGCGGAGAAGGUGAGCGAGCGAUACGGUGCGUUUAGGGAGGAGAGGUUCCUGAAGGGAGUGGCGGGAGGGAAAGGGAGCGUCAGGAGGCCCUUCAUCACGCACUUCACGGGGUGUCAGCCCUGCAGUGGGGACCACAACAGGAUGUACAACGGCGACACGUGUUGGAAUGGGAUGAUCAGAGCCCUUAAUUUCGCCGAUAAUCAGGUGAUGCGUAGCUAUGGAUUCGUACACUCGGAUCUACGCAAGACCUCCCCUCUCCAACCUGUGCCGUUCGAUUACCCCGACGAGCCUUGGUGAAUGGCGAUGCUGUUGUUAUUAUUGUUUGAUUCCCUUUUUAAUACCCUUAGAUAUGUAACCUAGUUUUGAGGUUCAUAAUGAUGGAUAUUAUUCCUAAAAGUUCAAUGUCAAAAUCUUUUUUUGAGUAAUUGGGUAAUCCUUGAUUUAUGAUUUUCUUUGA